UCGUCCGUCGGAUAUUGUUGUUACACAUAUUAUUUACACUAAUAUGUUUUAUCCACAGUCGCAGUUUAUGUUAUUAUACGGAAACAAUAACAAUAACAAUACGUCAAGUAUUAUUAUUUUAAUAUAAAAUUAUAGUGCUACAAUAAUAUUUUCACGUUCGAACGGGAUCUUGGCGUCUGUCAGCUGCAGCCGAUUGUAGCCUAACCUAUACUUACAUCGUAUCGUUUCGUGCCGGUGGUCGUCGGCGAAAAUGUCUGUCAUCGACGCGACCGUACCUCCCGCUGCGUCCACAACCAUCACCCGAGAAGACGGUAACGGCCAUUCUGAUCGACGACGACGACAACAACAACAACAACAACAACAGCACCACGACCACGGAUCGGCGACGUCGGUCGGAGCCGGAGGAGUGACGUUCGACGACUUGGACGACACGGACGCGGCCGUAUCCAUCGUCGUCGACGGUGCCACUGAUCGGACGCCACUGCUGACAAGGAGGGUUACGUACCGCGACGAAGAGGGAAGCUGCAACGACCGCGGCGUGGACAGAGUCGUCGUCGACGGGUUAGGCGAAAGUUCCAAGUACGGGUCCGUUAAUGAAGACGUCGUGUUCAUGAGCACGACACCGACGAUGACCGGAGCUUUUGUGCGGCAACCGUCAACCGGUUCUGGUAAAUUAGUGUACUGCAUACAUGGCAAACCGUCCGGCUGUUGCGCCACUCUACAGGUGUCGACCGAGGACAGCAAUUCCAACCACGAAACCCCCGACCCGGUAGACGCAAAACCGCCCAUCACAAUCUUCAAUGAACAUUGUCAUCCGAACCGAGAGAGUACGUCGAGCAGUCAGAAGGCCAGGCGGAAACUCAUAUUUGCCAGCAUACUAUGUCUCCUGUUCAUGAUCGGAGAGGGAGUCGGAGGGUAUUUGUCGAGCAGUUUGGCGAUCGCGACGGACGCGUCACAUCUCCUCACCGACUUUGCCAGCUUCAUGAUAUCACUAUGCGCCAUAUGGGUGGCCUCGAGGCCGGCCACGCAGUCGAUGCCGUUCGGAUGGUACAGGGCCGAAGUGUUGGGCGCCCUCACGUCCGUUCUCCUCAUCUGGGUGGUCACCGGCGUGCUGUUGUACCUGGCCGUCGAGCGCCUCAGAGACAUGACAUACACCAUCGACGCCGACAUUAUGCUCAUCACGUCCGCCGUCGGACUGUGCGUCAACUUGGUAAUGGGCUUGACGCUUCACCAGCACUCGCACUCUCACGGUGGCGGCAGCAUCGAGUCGCACAGCCACGACGAGGCGACCGGCCGGAGCACUUCCAACAUCAAUGUUAGGGCCGCCUACAUACACGUCCUCGGAGACAUUAUUCAGAGCCUUGGCGUGUUGAUUGCCGCCGUUAUCGUUUACUUUAGACCUGAUUGGAAAAUCGUGGAUCCAAUAUGUACGUUCAUGUUUUCCUUAUUAGUGUUGGUCACUACGUUCAACAUACUCCGGGAUACCAUGAUAGUGUUGAUGGAAGGCAUGCCGAAAGGGGUGAAUUUCUCAGAUGUCCUGGAGACAUUCAUGAGCAUCGACGGCGUGGUUAGGGUGCACAAUCUCAGGGUGUGGGCCCUGAGUCCGGACAAAAUUGCUUUGGCCGCCCAUCUGGCUGUCAGGCCCGGCGCGAACACUACUACAGUUCUGAAAGAAGCUUCGCGCAGGAUGUACAAAAAGUACAAUUUCUUCGAUUGCACGCUACAAAUCGAAGAAUUCGAAACUCAGAUGGAGAACUGCAAACAAUGUCAGCCGCCCAUUUGCUGAUGAAACGGUUGUCCAUCCACAACUGGAGCCCUCACAACCCUCCCUCCCCCAACCAAAAAUCUUCACCUUACGUGUUUAUUAUAAUUUCCUAUAAUAAUAUUAUUAUUGUUUAUUACACUGUAUAUAAAACAUAUUAUUUUAACCAUCGUUUCUCUACCGCGAGAAUACUAAAUACCUAUACGUAUUUAUCACCCAUAUAUUAUAUAUAUUAUUGUUAUA